AUGGCCACUUUCAACACCCAAACCACCUACAAUAGAACUUAUGAGAAAAAGGUAAUCGAGGAGAAUCCCCGAGUGGUGAGAAGUGGAAGUCCCUUCUCGACACAAACCGUUCUUCAGAAUCUCCCAUCAAUCCCUUCCAUUCCUCUUCCCAGCGGUUUCCCUUCAUUUCAAUCAUUUGUUCCAUCAUAUUCUUCUCAUCAAUCAACCUCGUCGAGAACUGUGGCCACGAAUGUUGGAACUCUUCAACAAUCGGAUGACUCAAUUCAUCUCUCGAUUAAUGUCAGCGAAUACAAGACUGAAGAGCUGAAGGUUUCUGUGAUUGGCGAUUUCAUUGUGAUUGAAGCAAAGCACGGUGAACGAAGUGAUGAAUUGGGAACAAUUGAGAGACAAUUCACUCGAAAGAUUGCAUUGCCCAAGGGAUGCCCUCCAGAAUCAGUGAUAUCAUCUCUCUCAUCGGAUGGAAUUCUCUCUAUUUCAGCUGUGGCACCAAGAAAGAAGUAUUUUCAGGAAGCCUCCCCAGCUCGUUCCAUUCCGAUCAAAGUUGUCGCCACACCGAGUGCCCAGACUUCUCCCGCUCCUCCCCAACAACAAUCAUCUCAACCAUCUCCAAACCCACAAGUC